AUGGUAUCUACUUUGAAUUUAAACGAAAAGUUUAAUAGAGUAAGGAGAAAUUUCUGUUUUUAUUUGGAUAUUCAAGACCGCGGUCUGUCCCUAUCGCUAUCACGCAGGAUUGAAGACAUGGGCUUGCAACAAGAAGUAUUCCUAACGUCGCGCGUGACCCACGUGGUGCGGUCGCGGCCGGCGCCGUGCAGCCCUGCGGCGGGCGCGCGAUGGGCGCCGGCGCGCCGUGAGUGGCGCGCGCGUGCUGAUGCCAUGCUGGAGCGCGUGCCCGCGCACCACUCGCCCCACUCGGCCCACUCGCCCCACUCGCCCAACGCGCGAUACGUCCAGCUCACAGUUCAAAAGGCUAUAAGUCUAUUGGAUAAACUGUAUACAUUCUUCACGGCGUCGCGCAAAGCGCAUGUCACGCACUUCACUAAACAUUUUAUCAAGAUUGAAUUUUUGGACAAGCUGUGCAGACCUAUUUACAAAGAGUUCGAUGAAUGGCCUGAGAUAUCACUAGAGCCAGACCCACCAAAAGAGAAGAAAAAGGAAACACCUGAAAAAAAUACUAAUCAGACUACAAAAGACCUAAUCCAAAAAAUGACGAGAAAAACUCGCCCACGUAUCAAGGAAAGGGAAGAAAAAGAAAUAAAAGGCGGCUAUUGCGAGAUGUGCAAUACGGAGUACGUGGACGCGGCUCUGCACCGGCGCUCGCCGCACCACCUGGCCUUCGUUAGGGACCACGCCAACUUCCUCGCACUCGACUCGCUCAUCGGAGCCGGCGCAGACGUCUCCGCCUUCCUCGACAAGGCCACGCCCGUCAACGGUGAACGACGAUCCCUUAGAAACAUGUGCAACGGGGACAUCGACCAACCCAAGAACAGACGGUCUAUGCGAUCGCAGUCACCAGAUUCAACAAUGAACGGGAACCAGAGUCCGAGGCGUAAUGGAGGACUGGAUGAUGAGAAGAAGCACAACACUAGAUGUAGUAAACGCGUUAACGAGCCACAUGUUGAGGACCGCCAAUAUUAUAAAGUGGUGGGCGUCAGUACCAAAUUGAGGUCGAGCGGGGGCUUCACAGCCAAACGUAAGGAUUCACCGCCGCCUUGCAACGGCACUAAACCUCUAGUCGUCAAAUUUAGGAAAGUUCGGCGGUCGGAACUGUCAGUAUUGAGUGACGAGGCUGAGCAAUUCAUGUUUCCUAAGCGCGCUAGCUCGACAAGCUCGACCUCGUCAGACGAGGAGGAGGACGAUGAGAACGGUGAAGAUGACGAUGAAGAGGACGAUGUAGACAAACAAUUAAGCCCACGACGGAAAUGCACACCUCCCCCACCGCCGCCGAUCAUAAACGAAAGACGAAGACAGGCCCGGCCGUUAGCACUUAAAGAAGAAUCCUCAGAAGAUGAUAGUUGGCCAGAGGAUAAGAGAAGGCGUAAGAAGCGACCACCGGCCGUGGUCAAAAGAGCCCGUAGAGUUCAAUAUAAAGCACAGUCUGUAGAGACACCACAGGUAGAACCAGCAGUUAUUACACAACUGGUACCAGCUGAGAUCACUGUCCCACCACCUACACCAGUCCCUGAAGUUAGUCCACUGAGAGAAGAGCCUGUCGAAAAGUGUAUGAAAUGGGAAGAUGGCAAAUUAAAAUAUACACCUGCUGUGGAACAGCUAGAGUUUGCCUUUGAGUGUGUGCCACAGAGUGAACCCUGGUUUGAGACCUUCAAACGGCAAGAUGAGGACAAAGUGCUUACUCGAAAUGUACCCAAAUAUUUUGCACUCUAUUCUAAAUCGCCAAAGUUACCAUAUGAAAUAGGUCAGUUACCACCCUUAAAACCGAACUGCUGUCCUCUCAGUGAUUUAGUGAAACGAGAAGACAAACCCGGACCCUCGCGCUCAUACGGUACAAGGGGCAUGAAGAAACAGAAAAUUAGAAAACGGACGGCGGCUCUACAAGCGCUCGAGGGACACCCGCGGAAAUCUCCUCGUGAACACGCUUCAACAUUAGCCAUACUCGGAUCUGCUGGACUUCUGCAUCGCAGGAAACAUCCCGACGACACAAAGUCGACGGCUUCGGAAGACACCGUUAGCGAUACCCAUUGCAACCUCAAAAUCGAACCUCUGAUUUCAGAAACUCAGGAGGCAUCAGAGAGGCUUCAACAGUUUCUAUCGGAAGUGUUCGAGGACGCGGCCGAGUUCGACAUUUCGGAGGAGGUCAUGGACGGGGAGGCCGCCGUGGCCACGUCCACGAACUUACCGGACGUCUCUAGUCUAGUUUCGGAGUGCGAAAACUGUGAUCUGAUUCGCAACGAAAUCAAGGAGGCGGCCGAUCGCCCUCGCCGUCGACGCGGGAAGUUCAAAAAGAAGAAUCGAACGGGAUGGCCGAACAAAAGGAAGCAAACGAAGAACAGUUCGAGGACGAGCAGCUUCGAGUCCGAAACCAAAGCGGACAGCAGCCUCGACCGAUCGUCGGUCGACGACGACACGACGCAGGGCACGAUCAGCGAGGAGGACGCGAAUCUAUCGGAACCCGAAAAAGAGAAACCCAUCGGCGGGGAGUCGAGCUCGGAGGGGUCGCAGGACAAGACCCUCGCGGAGGUCGCGUCGGCCUCGAGACGCGAGACGACGGACUCCACGGACGCGCAGGACGCGACGCUGCGGGAGGAGAAGGCGGUGCAGGUAGAGGAGGAGGCGGAGCAGAAGGCUCGGAGUUCAGAGACUGAGGACGGCGACGGUCGGCGGCGGGCGGCGCGGCGCGCGCUGGCGGGGCUGGGCGGGCUCGCCGACUGGCUGCAGCCCGUGGUGCGCGUGGCGCGGGUGGACCCGGCGGCGGCGCGGCGCCUGCGCUCGGCCGCGCGGCCCCGCUCGGCGCGCCUGAGGUAG